AUGGAGCAGUAUCAGCACUACAUUCCACAGUUGCUCUUGCGCAACUUUUCCCAUCCCUACCAAGUACCGACCCAAAGUAGGUCCGAGCAGAGGCGCAAAUAUCGUUUUGAAAAAGGCAAGCGCCCGGGCGACAAAGUGCUCAAUGUUGUGGACCUUCAUGUCCGUGGCCGAAUCAGCGGCAAGGUAUUCAUUCCCCCGGGGCCUCUGCCCGAAGUUGCCACCGCUGUUAUCUGUGAUUAUUCUCCUUCGUCUUCGGCGACAGUCUGA